AUGGCUCCGCUUCCUCAUAACGAGGCGGAACUGGACAGCCAUACUUCGGACUUGGCCAGCCAGGACUCUCCGCUGCGCCGACAAUUCUCCGAGCCAUUACACGCUCACUCUACUUCUACUCAGGCGUCUCCAUCCCCUUCUCCCAUGACGCACAAAUCUAAAUGCUCUUGGUGCGGCAAGGAAUUUGAGUCUGCCAAUGAUUCCAAGUCGCAAUAUGAUGCUCUCAAAGAACAUAUUGCUACCGUUCAUCCGCAGAUUGCCAAAUUCUCCAUGUAUGAGGGUGCCGACGAAGAUGAAGAGUCUCAACUCCACGAAGCCGAUCCUCAAGCAGAGGACAAUGCAGAGGUCGCGGCUGAGAGUGAAGCCGAUGACGAAGAGCAAGAUGAAGCCGCUGCAAAUGGCGUGACUGAGGUGACGGAAGCUUACGAUAACGACAAGGACCAAAGCGUCGAUGGCGAUGAAGCUGACGGCCCCGAGGCUGACGCUCUUUCUAAUCAGCUUCAUGAGUUCUCUCGCGGUCAAGACUCAGUUUCGUUGGAUCAACGUCUUCAUAAUUUGUGGAGUGUCAAUGAUAUCCGUAAAUUUUCGGAAGACUAUGACGAGAAGUCGUCUGACCUAGACCACUCUUGGUCCAUGUUGCUCCGGGGCCCGAAGCGCGCACAAAAACGUGAUGGCAACGAAUUUGCUGAACGGCCCGGACCGUACAAGCAGGUGAAAGCUGCCAAAGGGGAAUUCCUAGAAAUGACUCCCCUAGAAGAGUUUUUGGCGCCGCUUCGGGACCCGGAGCACCGCUCGACCGAAGAGCUGUAUGCUAUCACAGAAAACGUGGCAUAUGCCUUGAAGGCGUGGCAGGACGAGUAUAUGGCCAUAGAAAAGCUGCACAAGGUAGCGACUCGCCAUAAUGCGAAGCCGACGAGCGACCCGAGGAAGUUGCAAAGGCCUCAAGUAUUUGAGGAUAAGAAGGAAGCCAUGCUCUACGGCUACAAGUACGAGGCCAAGGAGGAUAAAGUGGGCAACCAGAACCCAUUCACGCAGGGCGGGUUCAAGCCAACGCCCGCUCAAUUCCGAAAGAUGACGGCCAAGAUUGGUCCCAAUCAUCCUAACCCGGAUGGCUGGCGCACCAUCGUCAAAUUCGGAGUCGAGCACGUGCCGAAGUUCCAGAACCCGCCACGCGAGGAAUUUGUUGGCAAGGCCACGCGCAAGCGCAGGGCCGCGGAGCUGGAGGCGGCUAACCGAGAGAUGGCAGCCUCUGGCUCCGAAGAGCCCACUAUCGAGACACCGGCUCAGACUGACACCGAAGAGUAUGGCCCCAAGCGGCGCACACGUGGCCGUCGCCCUGGCACCGAGAUCGACGAAGCCCAGGCAUCCGCGACCCCCCCUCGGGGUGCGGUUCGGGGGCGUGGAAGUGGCCGCGGCCGCGGUAGAGGCGCAGCUCGCGGAGGUGGAGUCAUUGCUUCGACGGAGAUAUAUCAGCCCGUGGCUGCUGCGACCUCAGCACCACGGCCGUCAUCUGGACGAGGGGAACAUGUGGCCAGCUCCCUUCAGGCACGACCUGCCACUGCCCAGUUGACACCGAUCGAACCGGCACCUAGUAGCACGACGCCGACGCCUCCCGCAAGCAUCCAAACCGGCAGCACACUGGAGGAUGGGGUGGAUCCCGCUGAACAGGCGCGGCGACAAAAGAUUGCCAACUCAAAGAACCCGAAGCGAACAGAGGCCAUGCUGAACCACUGGGCACGUUUCAACCGCGAGGGUCGCGUGCGCAAUCCCAAACGCUCUAAGGCUCAAAUCGAGGCCGACCGCGCGGCGGAGGCUGCUCGGAAGGCAUCUGAGCCCCCGAAGCCGGGAAAGAUCAAGAAGAAGCCGGAGGGCGGGGUGUAUGGGGAGCCUGCGCGACCUAACGCAGGGCUCGCGCCCGCACCUAUGCCUGCAUCGACACCUUUGGCUCCUGGUCCUCCUGCGCAUCAUCAGCUCGCGCCGAUUGCUGCACCACGACCGUCACUUACGCCAUAUGCUCCUAUCGAUCCUCGAGCGGUGGCACCAUUCCCAGGGCCUCAUGGUCUUUUACAGCAAGCGCCGCUGCAGCCGUAUCGCACACCAUACCCGGAGUACUACAGUCCUUAUGGGGCGCCUGCGCCUGGGCUGCCACCACCGCAUCCGCGACCUGCGUGA